AACUCAAGUCCAGUUUGGAUCUGACGCUAAAGAACUAACGAUUUAAAACCGGUCGGUGUCGAGUCAUUUUAUUUAUUUUAUUGAAGUGUUUUUAUUUUUUUAAUAAAUUAUUGACAAAAUUUAAAAACAAAUAACUAAGAAUAAUUACAAAGUUUUAAUUAAUUAAAAAAAAAUUCGGAAAUUUAACAAAAAGUCAUGAAACGAACAUUAAGUUCCGUUUUAAUAUUUUUACAAAUUUUAAUAUUUGUUAAUGCAAGGGGUUUUUAUUCCAUUGUGGCCCCUGGCACAAUACAAUCUCAUCUUAAUUACUCUGUCAGUGUUACGCUGCAUGAAAACUCAGAACCGGCUACAAUUAAAGUAGGCAUAAAGGGACCAUCAUACAAUGAAGAAAAAACCUUCGAAAUCUCACCCUCCCAUAACAAAGUCGUAAACUUCGAAAUACCUAAUUUAAAAUCGGGCAAAUAUCAAUUAGAAUCGGAGGGUAUUAAAGGUUUAAUAUUCAAAAACUCUACUGAAUUGAAUUUUAAAAAUAAAGAACCCAAAACAUAUAUACAAACUGAUAAGGCGGUCUACAAGCCGGGAGAUAUAGUAAAAUAUCGUAUUGUUGUAUUAGAUGAAAACACAAGACCAGCAAAAUUAGAACAACCCUUAACGUUGAGUUUUAAAGAUGGUGCUGGUAACUUUGUUAAGCAAAUUAAAGAUAUUCAAUUAACGAAGGGUGUCUAUACGGGAGAAUUUCAAUUAUCCGAUCAACCAGUUUUAGGUGAAUGGAUUAUGGAAGUUAACUUGAGCCCCAAUGAAGAUGAUACUAAAACUGAAAAGAAAUUUCAUGUUGACAAAUAUGUGUUGCCCAAAUUUAGUGUUGAUAUAGAGACCGCAAAGGAUAUUUCCUAUGAUAUCCCCCUGAAAAUUACAAUACGUUCCAAAUACACAUAUGGUAAACCGGUCAAGGGUCAAGCUACCAUUGCCAUAGAUGCACAAUAUGGAAAACUUAAAACGGAGAAAACCAUCGAGGUAGAUGGCAAGGGUUAUGUUGAAUUUGAUUUACGGAAAGACCUCGGUUUGGAAAAUCCUGAUUUUAAUGACUUCUAUUACUUCGGCACACCGACCAUCAAUAUCUUCGCUGUUGUGACAGAAGAAUACACUGGCAAUAAACAAAAUAAAACCGCUUCGGUAAAUUUACAUCGCUCACGUUACAUCAUUGAAGUACCGGAAAUUGUUGACGAUUAUGUCGUCAAUAAACCUUUCGAAAUGAAGGCCUUUGUCAAAAACCUUGACGGUUCACCGGUACAGGAUGGCAAACAUAUGGCCAAGCUUUCGAUUGGAAGAGAUAGACACCUCUACGAAGAAGAAGACGAGGCAGUAAAGUAUGUGUAUACUAGUGAACUCGAUAAAAAUGGUAUGGUGUUGUUUAAGGUGACUCUUCCCAUGGUUGAUUAUUAUUAUGAUGUAAGAUUGAUAUAUGCCGAUCGAACUAAAUAUCUUUCCGGUUUAUUGGGUAGAAUUACAGAUAACAUAGAAAUUAAAUAUGGUGAAGAGAAUGUGGGUCCGUUAAAAUUAGUCAAGAAAACUGAUAAAUUUCAACUAGAUCAAGAUGUUGUAGUCGAUGUUAAAUCUAACAAAAAUAUUCCCUAUUAUGUCUAUGCCGUUGUUGCUCGUGGCAAUAUUAUUAAACAGGAAUAUGUUAAAGUACCCGAAAAUAGCAAGUCUCAUGAAAUUAAAUUUAAACCCACAUUUGAAAUGGUACCCGAAUCACAUUUGUAUGUUUAUUUUGUACUUAAUGGUGAUUUGAAAUUUCAAGAAAUGACACUUAAUUUCUCCAAAGAGUUUCAGAAUAAGAUUGAAAUCACCGCUCCGAAACAAGUUAAACCCGGCGAAGAGGUUAAAUUGAAUAUUAAAACUGAUCCCGAAUCAUUUGUGGGACUUUUGGGUAUUGAUCAAAGUGUGCUAUUGCUGAAAACUGGCAAUGAUUUAGAUUCGGAGAAAAUAAUUAACGAUUUAAAUUCUUACGCUACUUCGACUCCUGAUAUCAAGGGCUACGGCACCUAUCCGGGUAUGUCAUCAGGAUUAAUUACCCAAACCAAUGCCAAUUAUCCUUAUGUCCAAGUUCAUUACGAUUAUGAGGAUUAUGAAUUCAGAUUUGGAGGAGCAUCUGAAUAUGAUGCAACAAUUCUCGGAUCGGUUACAAUGUCUUUCAAAAGUGCAGUAUCUACGAAAAUUAAACAAGAGUCUUCAAAAACGCCUAUUCGUAGCAAAUUCGAAGAAGUUUGGAUUUUUGAUAAACUAAAUAACACCGAUAAAAAUGGUUUGGCUACUUUUACCAAAAACAUACCCGAUACCAUUACUUCUUGGGUAGUGACAGGUUUCUCUUUGAACGAUAAAACCGGCUUUGGCAUGGUGGCAAAUCCUACAAAAAUUAAAGUUUUCCAACCCUUCUUUGUAAGCACUAAUUUGCCCUAUUCCGUUAAGCGUGGUGAAGUUAUAGCCAUACCCGUAGUAGUCUUCAAUUAUAUGGAUAAAGCUUUAGAUGCUGAAGUUACCAUGGAAAAUACCGAUGAUGAAUAUGAUUUCACUGAAGUUUCCAAUGAAAUUGAGGAAUUAGUUUUGGAGGAGAAGCAACGUGUUAAAAGAGUAACUGUGCCCUCGAAUAGUGGUAAAAGUUUGUCUUUUAUGAUCCGUCCCAAUAAGGUGGGAGAAAUUACUUUGAAAAUUAAGGCUGUAACAGUCUUGGCUGGUGAUGCUAUACAUCAAAAACUGAAAGUAGAACCAGAAGGUGUGAUACAAUAUGAAAAUCAAGCCAUUUUUUUAACUCCCUCUAAAGAACCUAUCAGGAAAACGUUUGAGACUGCUAUACCCAAAGAAGCUGUUUUGGAUUCGGAAUAUUUGGAAUUUUCUGUGGUUGGUGAUAUUUUAGGUCCCACCAUUAAGAAUAUUGAUAAAUUAGUGCGUAAACCUUAUGGUUGUGGUGAACAGAAUAUGGUUAACUUUGUGCCUAAUAUUUUGGUUUUACACUAUUUGGAUGCCACUAAACGUGAGAUGCCGACUGUGGUUCAAAAAGCUAAAAAUUAUAUGGAAGUUGGUUAUCAACGUGAAUUGAACUAUAAACAUAAAAAUGGUGCAUAUAGUGCUUUCGGUGAGGGCAAUGAACCGAAUAGUUGGCUUACCGCUUACGUGGCACGUUCCUUUCUACAGGCUAAAAAAUAUAUAACCAUUGAUUCGGAUGUCAUUGAUCAAGCAUUACAAUAUGUUAUAUCAACUCAAUUGGAGAAUGGUCAAUUUAAACAGACUGGGCGUUUAUUCUAUCCAGCUCAUCAGAAUGAUGUUGGUUUUACGGCUUUUGCCUUAUUGCCCUUUUUUGAAGACAUGGACUAUUUUAUAAAAUACAAAUCAGAAGUCGUGAAAGGUGUUAGAUAUUUGUUGGAUAAUAUUGAAAAGGAAAGCGAUAUCUAUGCUCUUGGCCUGGCAUUGGUGGUCCUAAAGAAAAUAAAACAUCCUAGUGCUGACAAGCUAAUGGAAAAAAUAGAAAAAUUAGCUCAUGAAGAAAAUGGUCUUAAAUGGUGGACCAAAUCGUCAAAGGAUCAUAACAAUGAUAUUGAAAUAACAGCGUAUAUAUUGGAAGCUUAUGUAUACACUGAACCAACAGAAAAACUUUUACCCAUUAUUAAAUGGUUGAUCGGUAAACGUAAUAGUAAUGGUGGUUUCGAUUCAACACAAAACACAGUUGUGGGUCUACAAGCUCUUAUUAAAUUUGCUGAGAACUAUAUUGCUGGUGGGGAUCAUAAAAUGACAAUUAGUUUUAAGGCUCUCGAUGAAGAGGGAAAAGAAACCACAAAGGGUAGUUUUUCGGUAGAUAAGGAGAAUUCAUUAAUUUUGCAAACUCAUGUGCUUCCCAAAUCCUCACGUCAAUUAACAUUAGAGGCCAAUGGUGAAGGUUCAUCACUGGUACAAUUAUCUUAUCGUUAUAAUUUAGCCAACAAAGAUGACAAACCUAGUUUCAACAUUAAGCACACAAUUCUGUCGACCGAUUAUCCCAGUCUAUUACAAAUGGAUGUUUGCACUGAGUUUGUUCCCGGCGCCAAUAGUGAUUCAAAGGAAUCUAAUAUGGCCAUUUUGGAAAUAUACCUACCAUCUGGUUUUACCGCCGAUACCGAUAAACUCGAUACCAUAUAUCAAACCAAGCAAGUACAACGUGUUGAAACCAAAAAUUCCGAUACAGCUAUUAUUAUCUAUUUCGAUUAUCUAACGGCUGGUGAAAAAGUGUGCAUCAAUGUCAAUGCCGAGAAGACUCACGCCGUGGCCAAGCAAAAGCCCGCAGCUAUCACCAUGUAUGACUACUAUAAUUCUGAUCAACGCUCCACUGUUUACUAUGAAGUCAAGUCAUCGUUGUGCGAUAUUUGCGAAGAGGGUGAAUGUGGCAAAGGCUGUGAAAAUAAAGAACCCAAAAGAAAGGCAUAAUUUAUAUCAAAUAUAAAUGGAAUAAAUAUUAACAUAUUAAUAACUAAAUCAAUAUAUGUAUAUAUAAAAUACUAGCUUAUACCCGUUGUGCUUCGCUACUUCAAUCGAAAUUAAGUACAUAAUAAUUAAAUUAUGCAAUUUUUCUUAAAGGUUUAUUAUAAUUUAAUUUGAUGACAAUAUAUUUCAUAUGAAUUUUAAUAUAAUACAUUAUGGAACUAUU